CCCGGAUGAAAGUUUCUAUGCCAACCUCCCCUGUCUUUGAUAAAGGUGACACUGUCUUCUGCUGCUGGUCGCAGAAAAGAGACAAUGACACAAAGGUAGGGUGAACACGGCGUGGGUGGGGGAGGUAUCAUACUAUGAAGCAACAUCCAAUAGCGGACGCUUGUCUAAUUCAUAUCGCUGUCUAGCAUGCUUUUAAUUUUACGGUCAAGAAGUCGUGUGUAUAUGUGUUCGAGAACUGUAUCGACCCCAAGUAACCUUGAACCGAAAGCACAUCAUCCUAUCGGAAAAGUCCUACUGGUACGAUUAGGACAUAGGAUGCUCCGCUUUAAAAUAGACGGAUGGCCUUUUGAUGCUUAAGUGAAUAAGUGAAUACGGAUGAUGGAUGGACAGAGAUAGAGGGGUCCCGAGUUUGUCUG